AUGGCAUGGGUGGGCGAUGGUUCAGACGACACUGGCACUACAUUCACGCAAACAGGCAACAACUUGGUGAUCACCGGUUCUGAUGACCCAUUGCAGUUCAAUCUUCGCCUGGAUCAUUCAGAGCAGGCUUCCUGCACACAAGACUACUACUGGCAAGCAACCAUCCAAGAGCUGAAAGGCCACCUCAGUUUUGGUGCCGUUAGCGAGGAUGGAAUCAAUCCUGGGUAUAAGAUCAAGGGCAUGUUCUACAAUGGAAAUCUGACCAAUGGAAGUUAUUGUUCCCUCAGAGAAAACUGGGGCCCUUCCCUCAGAGAUAGGUGGGGCCCCAGUUUUCAGACAGGAGAUGUCAUUGGUGUCGUUGGUUCAGCUUCUCUCUGUGUGGAGGCGCCCGAGACUUCACCAUCAACAGAGCUCUCUACUCCCAAUGUCACUGGGUUCUAUGGCAACUGGAAGCUCGACAAGGCAUGGAACGGCAAGAACCAAUUGAAAAUACCACGUGAUUAUCUUUGUCGUCCUAUUCUAUUGGAACUAAUCAACGAGGGUAGCAAUAAGGAGAUCAAGAUUUAUUUUGACAUUUCAAACACAAUAUCUGGCACUGCCAGCAUUCUGCAGCAAAAUGAGACCACAAUAAAGGUGGAUUGUGGCCCGGGGUUCGUGUCGACUAGAGCGUUGCCUCUAAACCCAGUAAUCCGUUCCCUGGAAGACUUGCUUACAGCGAAAAAUAUUACAACAAUCACCCUAGACAAGGACAACGGAAUGUUGACUGUUACAGGGCCUGAAAUGAAAACAGAAUGGAGUCGUUUGAUCCGCAUACCAGAGGCUUUUACCAAAUUCUAG